AUGUCCUCCGCGAGCUCCGACGACAUCGUGCCCGUCGUGAUCGACAAUGGGUCCACGCACGUCCGCGCCGGAUUCGCCGGCUACCGCGCGCCGGAGGUGUGCGUGCGCACGCAGCUGCACGCCAGGGGCGCGGAGCAGCUGGCGGGCGGCGCUGCGCUCGAGAUGGACGGCUUCGAGGUCAAGUAUCCGAUGAGUAGGGGCGAGGUGACGGACUGGGACGCCAUGGAGGCCGUCUGGAGGCACGUUCUCGAGGAGGAGCUCAAAGUCAGCCCCUUGGAGCACCCCAUCCUGGUGACCGACGCACCGCUCACGUCGAAGGCUGCCAGGGAGAAGGCCCUACACAUCCUCAUGGAGUCUCUCGACGUGCCCGCGGCCUACAUGUCAAGCCGCGCGGAGCUCACCGUUUACGGCGCGCAAGGCGACACGGGCCUUGCGGUGCACGUCGGGGGGGAGUCGACCUUUACAUGCCCCGUGUACGGAGGCUACCUGCUGCCGCACGCGUUUCAGCGCCUGCCCCUGGGCUUCAAGGACGUCACGAGGCUGCUCGGCGACGCCCUCGGGCGCCGCGACGUCGACGUCAAGGGCGAACAGCUGCGCGAGCUGGCCGAGUCGUGCGUGUGCGCGGGACCCCAGGGCGAGCUGCAUGACGCGCACGGGGGGGCGGUGACCGUGGGACCCGAGCGAUACGAGUGCAUGGAGUGCCUCUUCGAUCCCUCGCGCGCGGGCGCCCAGUUCCCUUCCACCGGGGGGGGUAUUGUUGACAUGGCGGUCAAGUCGGUCAUGGCGAUCGACCAAGACUGCCGUCAGGAAAUCGUGGACUGCGUCGUGCUCGGCGGGGCCGCGGUGCAGGUGCCAGGGUUCGCGCAGCGCGUACAGAGCGAGCUCGAGAGCAGGCUGGGCCCGAGGCUCGCGCCCAAGGUUGUGCUCGAGGACGCCCCGGGGGAUCUGGCGUUCCGAGGCGCGGCGCGGAUCACGGCGAACGAGAACUUCGCCCCCAUGUGGAUCUCCAAGGAAGAGUACGACGAGUACGGCCCGGGCAUUGUGCACCGGAAGUGCUUCUAG